AUGCCGUACGCAGAUUUACCUGUUGAGAUAAUUCUCAACAUCGCAUCGUUUUUCGACCUGGACUUUGACGUUCAACCUGACAAUUGGGGACCGUCCACCUAUCAUGCUGAUGUCAAAUCCUUGAGCAACUGGAUACAGACCUCGAAAUGGCACGCAUCGGUUCUCACCCCCGUCCUAUACGACAGCGCAUUUGGGUUUACUGUAGAGCAGAGUACGGCCAACACAGCACCAGCUCUAGACGAGAGCGCAUUUGGGUUUACUGUAGAGCAGAGUACGGCCAACACAGCCCCAGCUCUAGACGAGAGCGCAUCUGGGUUUACUCCAAUGCAGAAUACGGCAGAUACAGCACUGGUCUCAUUUCGUUCAAGAGCAAUGCUCAAGAACAGCAGGAGGAUUUGGGCGGUAGGACAGGUUUGGGAGUCGAAGCAAAUCACCGAUUACUUCCUGAGUAGGACCGACAAAUGGUUCCCUUGCGCAGGAUACGAUCCUGAAAGAUUGUCAAUACUAGCAGCGAUGGUCCACGCUAAGGACCACGGGUUGCUGAAAAUUCUACUUUCCCAGGAAGACAUUCGCAAAACGCAGCUUGAGCCCUCCGACUUAGCCCAGUACACACCCUUGAGGGUAGCGAUUGAGAUUAUUGACAAAAGGGCAGUCCAACUACUACUCGGUGCCCGCGCAAGUCUCACACACAGAGACCAUCUAGGUUACUCAGCACUGCAUCAUGCAGCAAUUGUUGACGCCUCUCGGCGCUGGCAAGAAUACCGGUGCGAGACCGUGGAAAUUCUCGAAAUACUCCUUGCAGCUGGAGCGGAUGUCUGGGCGACUGCUAAUGGUUCUCAUACACCUUUGCCGAUUCACUGCGCGCUAAAGUCGUUUGAUCUUCAGAGAGCAGAGCGACUACUGGAAGUCAUGCUAGCGACGGCGGACCAAGCCUCAAAAGGAAACUGGAAAUACAGUAUCUUGCUUUUCGCCCUUGGGAAGGUUAACUCCAAUGUUACUGGGCUGGUUCAGACCCUCCUUAAAAACGGCGCGGACAUAUUUACAUCGACUUGCGAGCGGGACACUGCACUGGGCUUGAUAGGACACUGGAGACCGUAUUUCGAUGAUGGAUGGGGUCUCAGCGAAGUUAAAGCUCAAGGGCGUGAACUCGCAACCAGGCUGUUUCAGACAAAUCCUCGUAUCUGGCCAAAGGGUCAUAUCAACCGACAGCUAUGGAAGCAUGUGCAAGAAGGGCCGGUGUUAAAGUGUCAUCUUAUACUGUUCGACCUCCUGUUGAAGUCUGGGGGUUCGGCAUUGACUGCAGUUGGAAACGACGGCAACACUCCCCUCCAUUACCUCUGCGACCCCAGCUUCAUGAGCGGGCUUGACAGCUACAACUACAAAGGACGCUUCAAAAAUACACUUCGGAUGAUAGCUCUGCUUCUCGACAAUGGGGCCAGUAUCUCAGCGCAGAACUCGAAAGGUCAGACUCCUCUUUUCCUAGCAGCUCGUUCGCCCUGGCCGCAAUUCCUCGCCCUCCUCCUCCGCAAAAGACCGAUGGACCCGGCAGUCAAUACAGCAGAAACUAGAGGAGAGACCCCCCUUCGCGUUGUCGUGGGACGCGGGAAUACAGAGUUAGUCAAGCUUCUCAUCGACAACGGAGCUGACCUUAAUGCCAUCGACAACCGGGGGUCCAGCGUGGUACACAUUGCUGCGACUGCGAAGAGCAAGAUACUACACUGGUUGAUCCAAGCUGGGUGCGACCUCUCCCCUAUACAUUCAAGCGAUGGAAGUGCCCUGCAUAUAGCUAUUACAUACGGCUUCAUCCGAGGAGUCAGGGCUCUUCUUGACGCCGGAUGCUCUCCUUUCGUGACAAACUCGGAUGGACGGACAGCGUUGCGCUUAGCCGCCGCCUGCGGUAAAUUCAGCAUACUACACGAACUUGUGCGUCGUGAAGGGAGGAAACUUGUGGAGGCCGACGAUCAGGGGAGUGGCAGUUUGGUUUGCGCCUUGUUGGGUGUAAAUUGGGAAACUUGGGCAGGCUGUUCGAAGAACAGUGCUAAGAAGGCUGCAAGACUUUUGGUGGCCAACGGAGCGGCGGUUCAUGAUCAGUGUCCAACAUGUGCUGUGGGGAGGAAACACUGCCGCCUCUCAAGCUAG